CACAGUGCAACUCUGGAACCACGAUCAAAAGCUAUAUCCCCAUUCACCUUGUAUUGAAGGUCGGAAACUGGAGAGAUUAAAAGACUACCAUGGCAUCCUCAGCCGAUCUUUCCAAAGGAGGGGUUGCUGUGACAAAACAAAACAAAGGUCCCCCUUUCAAGUUUCUGGUUCCUCUUUUAUAUGCCCCUGUCCUUCCCCUCAUAAGACUCGGGCUUCGGAGGAAUCCAGUUUUGAGGGAUCGAUUGUUCACCGUUGUCUUGGCAGGCGGUUUUCUUCAUGGAUUUUAUUUGGUAACUGACUUGUACGAUAUUGAGAGCAAGUGAAAUUGCAGAGGUUGAGAGACGCAUUGUUUCAAAGCUUAUUGGUUUUGGUUUUUGUUUGAAGAGAUAAAUGUUCAAGAAUUGCUUGUGACAGACUUGGAUAAGCAUUCUUUUCAUUCCUUUAUGAGAAUUAAGCUGUGUUUUGUAUUACAUUUUCCAAAUAAAAAGAAAAAAAAAGACCAAAAUCUACUUUGACCAAUUCAUACAAG